CACACGAAUUUGUUCAAAUCUAAAACCCUAACAAAACUUAGUUCGAUCAGCUUUCGCCAUUAACCAGAGUAAUCUGAGGUCGUCGAAGGUUUAAGAGACAGAAUGGGCAAACCGAGUAAAGGAUCGGAAGUGACUACGAAAUCUGAUAAGAAGUUCGAUAAGAAGCUUCAAUUCUACACAAAGGUCAAAGAUACAGUUACUUCUUUGGCUGUCCAAAAGGAGAUUGGCAAGAAGAAGAAAAUCCGCACUCGCCAAAAGAAACUAAAAGCGUAUGAUCUCUCCAACCUCUCAGAGUUUCUUCCCGAGUUCAAUGCUUUGCAGAAAUCAGCUCUUCCUGCACCUGACUUGAAGAUGAAUUGCAAACGGCGACAAAAGCUUGUGUUGACGGAAGGGGAAAGGUUGAACAAGGUUCUAGACCAUCCAGCUUUCCAAGCUGAUCCUAUUGGUUCGAUAUUUCAGCAUUUGCAGAGUCAACAGCCACCGGUGGAAGAGAAGCCAAAGAAGAAGACUAACACAAACGGGAGCAAGAAAAGGAAUCGAAAAAAGGGAAAGGCUGAUUCCAUGGAAAUCUAAUCUUGUCCUAUAGACAUAAGUUGCUUUUAUGUUUUGUUUUGUUGGUUUGUUAAAGUAGUAAAACAAAAUCAUGAUUUUGUUCCUUGGACAUGAUGAUGAGUCUUCAAAUCUGAUUGUUAUUAUUGUGCAA